ACUACUAUUUACUCAAAGUUCUAAAAAUGACGAUGCAAAGGAAUACUUGGAGAAGGCAGAAAUGGUUAGUGAUUUGCCUUUUUCUGUAUUCGGCGUUGUAUUUAAAAGAAAUGUUGGCUUUUGGAGAAAAUCGAAGGAUUUUUCUAAACAGGGUCUCCUCAAACAAAGCAGUGCAGAAGGAAACUACUACAUGUUUUAUAAAACCGGUCAAUGUUUUAAACCGCUUGGAGUGUGCCUAUAGAUGCGUUAACCGUCUUCCGGAAUGCGCAGCUAUUUAUUAUAAUGACGCCAUGAAACUUUGCAAACUUCUCAGAUGUCGGCCAACAGAUAAACUGGUAAAUGAAAACCUGGUAGGGAUCCCUUCUGGGUGGGAGUUACUUGAGGACGAAGAAGCAUGCAGAAAAGGUUGGACACUUUUCGCUGGUUAUUGUUACUAUUUCAGUGCCAUUGGAACAACAUGGAACCAGGCAGAGGCUUAUUGCAAUAGUAGUGGUGCCUCCUUGAUAGAAAUAUAUUCUCAGACGGAAGUGGACUGGGUCAAAGAUUCAUUCCUUUUGCCAGAAACAGGAGUUGAUAUACAAUGCCCAUUGCGCUUUAGCUGUUCUCUUUGGAUCGGUGCACAUCGCAAUCUGACAUCCUCCUUAUUUACGUAUACCAGCGGGAAACCAAUUCUAUAUCCAAAAUGGGAUGAAUCCCAACCAGAUAUGGGCGGUGAUGAAAACUGUGUUGCCUUGUAUCGGUUGGGAAAGAUACAUGACUAUUCUUGCAACUUUGAUUGUUUUCAAUAUCUCUGUAAAAUGAGGAAAAAAUGAUGUGAAUUAAAGCUACGGCUCAGUCUG